CAAUUGAUCGUCAUGGAAAUGAGCAUACAGGGUGGUUCAGAAAGCAUUUCCAGACCUGGAUCAAGAGAAUCUUCUGAGAUCACACAAAGAGGGUCAUAUGAUAUUAAUGCAACUGAUGAAGAGAAGCAAGAUCCAAAACUGCAGAGGGCAAUUGAGGAGAUGAGGAGGCUUGAUGAACUACUGUCUCUAUGCAUGUGCAGAGAAAAAGAAGCCAAGCGUCAAAGGAAACAAUGCCAAGCUGAACUCUGGCAAGAGCUAAUGGAGAGCUUACCUGAGGGCUACUCUGGAUGCAGCCACGAAGCCAUGAACGCAAGGCUGUUUUGGGCUUUGGAAGCACCGAUUGGCUCCCUAGAGAGAGAGGACAUUCAGUCACUGUUUCAGACUCAGACAGAUGACGUUGAAAUGGAUGGAAGACUACAACAAAUAUUACAGAGUGAAGAGAGAGCAGACGACAUGAUCGAAGGAGCCGAGUCUGUGCGCGAGGAGCCGGACGACGGGAGCCACAGUGACGCCACCAAGGGCAAGAAGAGACAGAAGAACUUUGUCAAGAGAAAUAUUGAGCUUGUCAGGGGCAGAGGAGGCCAAGUGCUAUUGACGCAGGCAGAGGAAGAGCGUCUGACUGAGCUCUUGCGAGACAUAGAUGAAGAGGAAGAGAACAGUGCCAGAGGCACAGACAACGAGGAGGACAUGUGGGCCGUGCCUGUUUCGGCAAGCCAGGGUUACACCCCGGAGACGUCUGACCUGCAGCAGCUGAUUGCCAUCGACUCCAAACUUCGCCUUUUCCAGCCUGCCAUCGAACUUCCCUCAUUGCAACGCUCCUACGCACUCCUAAAAGAGGAACGUGCCUCGGACAUUGACCUGCGGCAUGAUGGGGACCCUCAGCCAGGAGAAAAGGUCCUGCAGGACAUCAAGGAGAGGAGGACGCAGGAGAAGCAGCUCCUGGAGAUCCAACGGCAGCUGGACCUUCUGGGCCAGGACCAGGAGAUGACAAGCGAGCCGGAGAGCCUCAGCGAGGAGCAGUUACUUUUCCUGCUGGAUGGUUGUGAGCUGACGGAGACGGAGCCAGAACCUUGACACAAACGUUGACUUCCUCCACGCGAGACCCCCGCUGUCAAGAUGUCCGUCAAACCGCGCGCGCCAUCGUUUGACAUCACGCUUCCUGACCUCCGGUGUACGGAGCAAGCGUAACGGAGAGAUUGUGCCGAGUGUAUUCAUUUCACUGUCACAAUAUGCAAUUGUAACUCGUAAAAAUCGGAGUGAUUCACAGUCUUCUAGAUACGUCGAGUCUUUGUGAAUGUAAAGAGUUAUAGAUCAGAUGUCGCGUAUACACGUGCCUGCAGCUGCUGUAUUUAACCAACUUUUCAUCAAAGGUUCCUCCAUGCUUUCACUCGAGAUAAAUUCCCACACUUGGAUUGGUGUAUUUUUUUUUUUUGUAAAAAGGAAUGAUGGUCUCUCUACUGAACUACUUUGUCAUACCAACAA